AUGAUUAAUUUCUUUUGUUUUCUUACAGUUUACACUGCGGCUGUCUUCCUGGCUGCGGUGACCCUGGGAAGCUGCCACUGUCCAGCCACCAUCACGCGAGACCUCGGCAACUGCUCCUUCCAGUACACCUGCUACCACGACGUCACCAGGGCCCACGUGCCCAGCGAGUGCCAAUUCUCCAACAACUAUCCUGUCGACGUCAAAGUCAUCCUGCACAACCCAACCUUCAACGAAAACCACACCAAUAUCGACAAGGCUUUCAUACGCUCCAUCACCUCCUUCAAAGCAUUCGGACGCUGGCCUUACGACAAUCUCACCUUAGUAGAACAAAUGUACGCUUUAAAGGAGUUACACCUCGUGGGUAACAAUAUUGAACGCAUCACGCGCUACCCUUUUUACUACCUAAAAAAUUUGGAGAAAGUAGAUUUGUCACACAACCAAUUGUCACAUAUCAACACUUUAUUUCAAAUUGAAUUGCAACCGAGCAAACUUCUAACACUAUCACUGGCUCAUAAUAAUAUUGCAGGCAUACCUGGAGAUGCUUUCGAUAAAGUGACUUCAAUAGAAGAAUUGGAUCUUUCUUAUAAUUCUAUUCGAGAUUUAGAUAGUAAUAGUUUCGGUAGUCUUUUCCGACUAAAACAACUAAAACUUGCAUUCAAUCAAAUCGAUAGUAUUCCUGACGGCACUUUUGACAACGUCACUUCCCUGGAAGAAUUAGACCUCUCAAAUAAUUAUAUCAGUAAAUUAAACAAUAACACCUUCAGUAGUAUGCCUAGACUUACAGUCUUAAAGCUGACCAAUAAUAAAAUUAUUGAUUUAGACGGCGCGAUCAAUAGUUUAAAACUUUUAAAACAUUUGUAUCUCAGAGGAAAUCAGAUUCAGAACAUAGAUAUGCAAUCGCUUCAAGUCAUUUACCAUUUAGAAACGUUCGAUGCUUCUGGUAAUAAUAUCGAGAACAUGGCCUCCGACGUGCUCGCCCGCCACUGGCCCCAUUUCGACAUCCAUUCAAAGUGCAAAAUUAUACUUUCCGAUAACUCUUUAGUGUCUCUGCCGAAUGCAACUUCCGAGACUUUCAUUGGGCGUGCUAGAAAAGUCGAAGAACAAAAUUUUAAUGAUAUUCAAACCGAACUGAAUCUUUCCAAUAACUCAAUAACAAACAUCGAAUUUUUUGCUUUUCGAUACAUUUUGCAUCUUACAUCUUUGGAUCUCUCACGCAAUAGGCUAACCGAUUUUGUCGUUAAUGCAGAUGACUUAAAACAUGUCAAAUUGCUUAAUAUCAGUAAUAACUUUAUAAGAAAUCUUAACUAUGAAUCCUUUUUAUUAAUGGACCAUUUAGAAAAUUUAGACCUGUCUUUCAAUCAACUGGAAAAUGUCCCCGAUCCUAAUUUUAUAAGCAUUAAUAGCAUGCCGAGAUACGUCAAUAUGUCAGUCAAUAAUUUAGUAAAUGUAAAUAAUUUGAGAAUUAAAUUUCAUACCAAGGGAGGGGUUUUGGAUCUCUCGAACAAUUCUCUUUCAGUCGUAAAUAUUCCACACGGACAGACACUUCGCUUGUUGAUGUUAGUCCUACGGUCCAACAAUAUAGAAGAUCCUUCUUUGGUGGAGCUAAGGCAACAGGAUGAAUUGAAAGUUCUGGAUAUGAGCAAAAACUAUAUUAAGGAUUUGGACGAGGCGUCCCUCCACUUGCCUUCUAGUCUCGAGUAUUUAGAUUUGACGUAUAAUGAGAUAAUGAACAUGACUCCUUCGGUUUUUAAAGACCUCAGCUACUUGAGGACCCUCCGUUUAUCCCACAAUUUUUUAAAUCGUAUUGAGUAUGGAGUAUUCCAGAGCCUUGGAAAUCUCAAAGAUUUGGAUUUAUCCUACAAUGAUAUAAACAUUCUGGAUUCUAAAGUGUUUACUGACUUGAAAUCGCUUCAAGUACUGUCGGUGCGUUACAAUGGGAUGUAUUACCUCGAUUAUAAAAGCUGGGUUGGGCACAAGUAUUCUGUGAGAGUGAAUAUGGAUGGGAACAGUUUCGAUUGCCAAUGGCUGGCUGCGGCCAUCAGCGAUUACAAUAAUGGGAUUUCUAUGAUAGAACCAGCGGCGACGGAGCCGGUUGAAUACGGGAAUAACUUGAAAGGUAUAUCCUGCGUUCAGGACGCACCGGGUAACUAUAUGGAGGGGUUGGAUGCUGACAGGACUCUGCUGGUCCUGACUUCUAAGAUACUGAAAGCCAUUGAGAAACAGAAUACAAUACUAGAGGCACAACUGGUUUAUCAUCCUGGUUUACAGCAAAUAGGUUCGGUUGGUAACGAAGUAAAAUAGGAUAAGUUUAGUUUUAGGUUAAUUUUGUACACUUCAUUUUGUAACAGUGUAUUUUUAAUAAAUACAUAUAAAUAUAA